AUGCUCACCAGACGUUUCGGCCCAGAAGUCAUCAACUACUUCGCCGGCAGCCGACUCAACCGCUAUUCCUUUCUGCGCUCCGACGCCGCCUUUCUCCAAAGGGCCGCCGCCGCUCCGUCUUCGCGCUUCGUGGUCCUGAGCGACCUGAACCCUCUUGUCGCCCACGACGACUCCUCCUCCUCCUCCUCCUCCUCCUCCGGCAAGCUCGCCCUGCUGACGUGGGACGACAUCAAGCCACUGGCUGGCGGGGCGCCCUUUGCCAAAACCGAUGCCGAAGCCGUCGAGCGAUACGACUCGACCGCCCCCUCGCCCACGCUGCUCGUCUUCCUGGGCGCCGUGGACGACAACGCGUCUCAUCAGCGACAUGUCGGCGGAGCCGUGUGCACGACUGCGACCUCGGACCAUGGACACCUCCACGGCCAGCCGUUCUUUGCCAUCGAUGCCACUCCCCGGGGCAAGAGGCGGGAUGCCACGCGCGCCUGGUUGGAGAGCCAGGAGGCCAAGGGGCUGCGCAUAGCUACGGAUACGAGACGUUUGACCUUGCGUUCGGAACACGCCGCCAUCUUUGCUCAAGCCCGGUCCAUCAUGGACUGGAACACCCGCAACACCUUCUGCGCCGGCUGUGGCAACCGCAACAUAUCCGUCGAAGCAGGCUACAAGCGACUUUGUCCACCUACAGACCUCAAGGGCGGCCCGGAGCCCACGCCGCUGAAUGAUUGCCCCACGCGCCACGGCGUGUCCAACGUCUGCUUCCCGCGGACGGAUCCCACAAUGAUUGCGGCCGUCGUCUCUGCUGAUGGCCAACGCCUCCUGCUGGGCCGCCAACCCCGCUGGCCCCCGCACUUGCAUAGCGCGCUUGCGGGAUUUCUAGAACCCGGCGAGUCGGUCGAGGAGGCCGUCCGUCGGGAGGUCUGGGAGGAAGCCGGAGUCAGAGUAGGCAGGGUCGUCAUUCAUUCCACCCAGCCGUGGCCCUAUCCGAGCUUGAUGAUUGGUGCAGUUGCCCAGGCGCUGCCAGGCGACGGGGAGACAAUCACUCUCAACGACAACGAGUUGGAGAGCGCGGCGUGGUUCGAAAUGGACCAGGUCAGGGCUGCACUGGCGCAAACUGCGGCAACCCUCGGCUCACCCGCCCCCAAAGGCUACAAGCACGGCGACCUAAGGGUACCGCCUCCUCGGGCCAUAGCCAAUCGACUGAUGACGGCAGUCGUGGAGGGCUAUCUGUCAGGGCACUCCAAGAUAUGA